AUGAAUCCUGAAAAUACGUUUCCCCACUUCCUUGACCUCCCUUUGGAGCUGAGAGUACAGAUAUGGGAGCUUGCUGCUUUUCACAAACGCAUUCUAGAAUUGAACUACGACAUCGUUGAUAAGAAAUUUGUCAAUUAUGGUCCACCUCCAGCCAUACUUCAUACGAAUAGAGAAUCUCGUAAAAUUGCUCUCCAAUCUUACAAUAUGUCAUUCGGUACAGAUACACAGCCAGCGGAUAUCUACUUUAAUCCUGUUUGCGAUACUAUAUAUUUCAGUUCGAGGCAAUAUGUGGACGAAGUGAUGGCUAUCGCAAAGCACUUUUCUAUCCAAUCAUCAUUUCUACCCUACCAUCAUCAGAUUCAAUCAAUUGCUCUGGCUAAACAAUUUUGGGGUGCAGCUGGUUACAGCCUUCCAUUUCAUCUUUCUCGCGCUCUGGGAAGCAUUACUCGUUUCCGUUCGGCUUUUCCGCACAUGAGAAAAGUCAUCUUAGUGAGAGGAAUGCCGAGCGAAGAAGAAGUUGAUUCGUGGGACCGCUAUUCAGGCAUAACUCUAUUGGAAUCAAAUAUAGACGAAUUCAAAGAUGACAUCUUGAGCCUUGUUAUGUAUGCAUUUGCAGAGGACGCGAAGACGCGACCGGACGAAAUAAUCGAGGUCAAGGUGAUGGAACACCCUCAAAAGAGAUGCGAUCCUCAUUUCCCCGAUCAAGAUCAUUUGGUUCUUUGGUAG